CACAAUUUGGAUUUGAUUUUCGAAGCAUCUUCUAGACUAUCUAACCUAACCUUCUAACUUGUAACCUCACUACUAGUACUAGCUAGCUAGUUUUGUUCUGGUCAAGAUGGGAAACGCACACGCUUCAGCUCCUCUGGAUAUUGAUACCUCCUCUAGUAUCAACAACAGCAGCAUGAUGAACUCUUCGUGGAACAACAGCAACGGGAAUGGGGCAGCUUCAGCCAUGCUGUCCUCAACAGGAGAUAUGGACAAGUCUGCGUCGGCGGCGGCAUUGGAGGCAAGGGAAGAGUUGCCGCUGGAAGAUCAGCAACGACGAAGACGGCAAAAGAAGAAAGAAGAGCAAGCGUUAGAUGAAGCUGCUGGCUUUAUUAAUACUAGUACUAGUACUACCGGUAGUACCAAGGAAAAGAAGGAGAGGCGCAGCAAGAAAAAAGACAAAGUUCCGUCAUUGCAAGCUCACAUGGACGAAAUGGAAGAUUUCUUAAAAGUGGUUCAGUCCAGCAAACACAUGAAACGCCAAAUCAGAGAAAACAUCAAGGCCAGCAGCACCAAUAGUAAUAGUAUUCAGAGGUAGCUAUCGUGCGGUAUGCAUGCACCAACACCAGUCAGCUAAGCUACUAAUACGCUAGAUCAUAAGCCAAAUUACAUGUCCGUUUUGACCCAUAGUUUGGUUUAGUUGAGACAAAAUAUGACGUUUAGCGUAGAUCUCUUUAUAAUCAUUAGUCUAGGGCCUUCUAGCUGG